ACGCUCAAAAUGAUAAUGCACGCGUCAACCGACGAAGGUGAACAAAGCGUACGGAGUGACGUAACACGUCGAUCAUCUGGAACGGUGAGCAAUAGCGUAACUGAUGUCAGUUGCGUACCUGUGUCAAAUGAGCUUAUCAAUAACGAGAACAACACGCAGGAUUCUAGGAAAAGGAAUUCUACUGCAAUAGGGAGUGGGACAACUGCAACUUAUAGAAGGUAUUCGGUGGCUUCUCUACAACUCUGGGCACCAUCAAUGACGGGUAGUAAUUCUAUUUCGGAGGGUAAACAUGAGCUGGACACAGACAAAACUGAUGUUGAAUUUGAAGAAGAGUGCCCUAUACUCUACAAGAUCACUGAUUCACCUCCAUUCUAUCUUACUGUCUUCUUUGCAAUCCAGCAAAGUCUUAUAUCAAUCGCUGGGUCAAUCAUUCUUCCACUGUUGGUUGCCGAAGCUGCCUGUGCCUUAGAAGACGGCGUGUUCAUUAGGAAACUUGUAGGUUCUACCUUAUUGUUGUCUGGUAUAACAACAUUUCUUCAAGUGAAUUUUGGAAUUCGGCUUCCAGUUUACCAGGGACCAUCCGGAUCUUAUGCUGUACCGAUCAUUGCGCUGAAUAAAAUGGAUUCAAGCAGAUGCGAUAUCCACACUAUGUUUCCGGGAGUGUUGAACUCAACAUCAAGCAAUGUCACUGAAGCUGAUCUACAAACGCAGUUGAUUGACAUACGCGUCAGAGAGAUGAUGGGGCCUUUGAUUCUGGCUGGAUUUCUCCAUUGUCUAAUCGGUGCCACUGGUCUAGUUGGCAUGUUGCUACGGUUUGUUGGACCAAUAACCAUCGUACCGACCAUUCUUCUGAUAGGCCUAUACAUUGUCAAACCUGCAAUGGUGUAUACAGAGGUUCACUGGGGCAUAUCUUUUAUGACAUGGGCAAUAGGUGUGAUUUUAUCCAUGUAUCUAGGACAUAGACCAAUGAUUAUACCUGUAUGGACAAGAAGGAAGGGGUUCCAUACCAUACGAUAUCCUCUUCAUCAAGUAUUUGCUAUUUUGAUUUCAAUUUUGAUUGGAUGGGCAGUUUGUGGUAUAAUGACGGCAGCUGGUGCAUUCCCAACAGACAAAACCAAUAUACAAUACAAGGCUCGCACAGACGCUCGUGCAGAUGUUAUAUAUGAAUCUGAAUGGUUCUACUUACCCCAUCCAGGACAAUUUGGACUUCCCUUGUUCAGUGUUAGCGCAAUUGUUGGAUUCCUUAUUGCAACCAUUACCUCAAUACUUGAUUCUAUUGGGGAUUACUACGCAACUGCAGCUAUAUGUAGGGUUCCCCCACCACCUAGUCACGGCGUUAAUAGAGGUAUAGCAGUAGAGGGAUUUUGUAGCAUGAUAUCUGGGUUUUUUGGCGUAGGACAUGCAACUACAACGUACGGCGGUAAUAUCGGGGCUAUUGGGAUGACCAGAGUGGCUAGCCGUCAUGUGUUUAUUACAAUGUCUGGUAUUUAUAUUGUGCUGGGAGUACUUGCCAAAGUGUCUGCAGUAUUUAUCAGUAUACCAUACCCUGUACUCGGAGGCAGUAUCAUCACAAUUAUUGGUGUGUUUGUUGGCGUGAAUUUAUCUAAUUUAAAAGUGAUAGAUUUGUCAUCUACAAGAAAUCUGUCAAUCAUUGGGACAGCAGUGUUUGUUGGUCUUCUUGUACCAAGCUGGAUGGAGAAAAAUGGAAGUGCAAUUGAUACAGGGAUUCGUGAUUUAGAUCAAGUGAUCAUGAUGUUUCUUGGAAAUCCAAACUUCUUGGGCGGGUUCAUAGCCUGUUUUAUGGAUAAUACGAUUCCAGGGACUGACAAAGAAAGGGGUAUAGCUGCUUGGAAAAAACCUGAAUCCCUGGAUACCUCGAUGCAUUACAUAGAAGGAAAAGAGGUUUAUGAACCACUUAUUCCAGAAUGUUUAAAGCGUCAAAGAUGUUUGAGGUUUAUACCAAUAUUUCCGAAAUAUAGUAGGGGAAAUGUAAAGACGAACGGAAAACGUAACGAAGGUUAUGCCGAGGACGGUAUAGAUGAAAUGAACACAAACAUUUGAGUUAUUGGAAAGUAUCCAUGAAAUGUGAUUGAUAAAAAUGUGUAAUAAAUUGUACAUAGAAAUUUAACUUUUGAAUUAUAAAAUGUUUAUACAAUCGAGUUGUGUUACUAUAUGAAAUUUGCCAAGUAAAGGGUACUUACUUCUA